UCCAAGAUGGUGGUUAAAUUUAACGAUACAAAAUGGGAAAUAAUAUUUCCUUUGACAAAUUCUUCCACACAAGGACUCUGUUUGAGUACCAAUAUGUGCUGUAGAGCUUCCUUUAUCAUACAACACUAGAAAAAGUUGAGAGACAGGGACGAGUCCAUCUAGAUCUCAAGAAUUCAGUCUUGAUGUUUUCUACGUUGAGAUCGCAGAGGCAGACUUAUGCUGAUAAUGUGGCAAAAUUCAAAUCAAAGUCUGCUUCACCCACCCAAAAAAAUCCUGGUAAGAAACAAUCAGAGGAUAAACGAAUCCAAUCUUCAACGAGUGAGAGGGAACUGAGGAAGAUAAACGUACGGGAAAUUCUUGAAAGAUGUCAAGAAGUUGACAGUGGAAGGGUUUUUGAGAUCAAUCUUAACAGACAAUCCCUAGAACAAGUGCCAAGUUUAAAGGAGUUUCCAAAACUCAAAAUCCUGGAUUUGGGAUGCAACAAAAUAAAGCAUGUUAUGCCAGGUGACUUGGAGAAAAAUUGUGAUCUUAGAGAACUAAAACUUUAUGCCAAUGAGAUUACAGAAAUCAGUGGUUUAGACAGCUGUAAAGAACUGAACAAUCUUCUUCUUCAACACAACAAGAUUAAAAGCAUAGACAAAGGUCUACAGCAUGUGAGAAAACUCAAAGUUCUGAGGCUUGAUAGCAAUUGUCUUUCUAAGAUUGACUUCAGAGAGUUUGGUUGUUGCUCACAAAUCACUAUCCUGGACAUUAGCUGCAACAAUAUAACAGAUAUUUCUGCCAUCAAUGCCCUCCCUGCACUUGAGGAGCUUGAUGUGUCAAACAAUAAAAUCGGCAAAAUUCCUGAUUUAGGAAGAUGUAAAAAGAUUCAAGAUCUUGAUGCCUCCAAAAAUCAAAUCUCAGAUUUGUCAGGAAUGAGGAGUCUCUCUAGUUUAACUGUUUUAAGAGUGGACAAUAAUGAGAUAGUUUCUCUGGACUCUCUAGGCAAAUUGAGGGCUCUGCAAGAAUUGUAUCUAUCAAACAACAGAAUAACAGAAGUGAAGUUGUUUGCCAGCCAGUUUUCUUCUUUGGAAAUCUUGGAGGUGUCCAACAAUGCCAUAACAACCAUUGAAGAACUGUUCACAUUGUCAAGCAUUUCUACCCUUGCAGAGCUAACUGUGGCAGGAAAUCCAUGCGAAUCUGCUGACACAUUUAGUUGUCAUCGUCAGAUAUUUCAAAACCUUCCUUCAUUGGAAUUCCUUGACAAGGUGUCACGCAAGAGACCAAGCACAGGGCAGUCACGCGCACCCCCUCCUAUGAGGCCCAUGUCUGCAUCACAAGUCUUAAGUGCGAAACACGUCGAGGAGCUGAUUAAAGCAACAGAACUUGAGCAAACAUCGUUUGAAUCGUCUAUUGCUUCAAGGUUCGAUAUGGUAAAAGAUCUGUUUGAAUCUCUGCCUUUAAAAACGAACUUAACCACACGAGACCAUCUGUCAUCAGAGGCGUCAGCGUUUGAUCGAGAGUUAAGUAAUUUUUCCCGACCCGGAACGGGUGGGGAGGACAGACCCGGCAGUCGAUGCAGCAGCCGCUCAAGAAUCGCUGAAGCCAGAGCAUUUGCCGCCCAACACUUUCAUCCGAUGGACAGCUGACAUUUCAUGAAAUUUGCAACUGUCUGUCGACUGAUAUUUAUUGUGUACGUUUUGCAACGAGGAAUUCUUCCAAGAAAUGCCGAGAGGCUUAGAUCUACUAUCUAUUCUAAUACAGGACUGGCGAAAUAUACCGAAAUAUUGCUUUUGUUGUGAAAUCUGAUAUCAGUCUCUUGCAAGAAAAACAAUGGCUUAACCAUGGCUAAACCAUGUUUAAAGAAAACGCUUUUGUACAGGUUGUACUGGUUGAAGUUGUAAAUAAGUUCCCUCGCUAUUUAUGAAGUGAGAAAACGUUACGUAAUCAGUUUAGAAUCGCUUCGUCGAUUUCAGUGGGGUGUAAACUUUGUUAGAAAGGGGAUUUUCUCUUCUUCCGUUGUUAAUUGUAUUUGAGGAAUUAGGGAGCUAAAAGAGGAGACGUUCGGUAGUUGUACGCCUUUCCGUCAGUCCAAUGCUUCACUCACUUUUUAGCAAAGAAAGCACAAUACUCAAGUUUAUUUCAAACUUGAAAAGUGAUGUUAUUUACAAGUAUUUACAAAAUCAAUUUAUAACAAAAUUUACAAAAUUAAUAUAGAAUUAGAUGGCCCCUAAUAGCAAAUCUCUAACUUGAUAAUACGAACACUCUUUAUCCCAAGUAAUACCGGGUACCCGACUUAGGGAGGAGGGGUGGAAAUGGGGGGAGGGGCUUCGAACUGUAAGUGAUAAAGAACCUGGGACUGUGAUUAAAACCUGUAAAGUUUUCUGUUUAGGUCUCUAACCAAGUAAACUAGUUUGCAUCGGAACGUUACUUCUUAGAUCUACAAUAAAUGCAGUUUACCCUUCA